AGCGCAAGUCGCAAGAAUUUCUUGUGUGGUGAUUUUCAUUGAUCAUCAUAGAAGAGUGCAGAGCGUGCGACGGAGGAGUGUUGUGCGAACAAGUUAGUGCCCUUUCGAUCGAAAAGAAAUCUAACCAAUAGUUGUGUAUCGUCCCGAGUGAUCAUUUCCGCCAGCAUUCGAUCGUUGACCGUCCGAAUGUGGCCCGGAAAGGUGUAAUUAGUGCUUUGCGAGUGGCCAAAAGUCCGUGUGCGAACCGUCGUUCGUUUGUUCCGAGCGUGAAAAUUGUGAAAGAUUUACGUUCCUCUCUCUCACUCACUCACUCUGCCACAGUCUUGCCUCGCAUAUACUCACUUGAUUCCCUCCGCUUUAGCUGCCUACCAGCCCGCCCCCGCGGCCGCUUUUAUUUCGUUCCGAUCCAUUCGUGGUGUCGCCUGUACUGAAAAGUGUGUGUACGAUGUGUGUGUAGUGGUGCUGCCGAUCAGGGCACGGGAAGGAAAAUAAUACAUCGGAGCUGGAAUCCGACCAGCAGUAUCAGCAAAAAAAAAUUGAAGGCAAAAAUUCUUCGAGGGAUACUGAGGAAUUUGUAGUGAAUUGUAUUCCUAGUGUGUUUAGUGUGGGGCAGAUCGCAAAUAAAACGAUUUCCCAGCCAGCUAGAGUGAGAGACGGAAAGAAGUGAGCAGCGCCGGAAGUUGCCCUAGUAAGAACAGCGAAAAGAUCCGGACCAGAAAACAGGAAACACGGUGGAGGUGCAGUGGAAGGAGUAACAGGAUGUAUCUGAAAAGAAUCUACAUAUCGACGACACUGUUGGCAUGUUUUAUGCUGACAGCGCCAUGGUCCGCUUUGGCCCAGGAUGAACAGAAAUCAAAUAACCGCAACAGUCAGUCGCUGUCGACACCGUUUGGCGCGGGAGGCUCUAGUCCGAAUAAUGAUAUCUACAUUGACGAUGAAGGCCUCGAGGGUUCCGGAAGCAGAGGAGAGAUUCGCGACGAUCUAGAGAAGGAAGACGACGAAUCUUCCGGCUCCGGUUACGGUGACGAUGACGAAGACUCUUCCUCGUCCAGCUCGAGUCGCAACAGCAACACGAACCUAGGCGCGGGCGGUUCGAAGGAUAAGUCCCGCAUUUCCGAAAACAGUGCAGGAGGAUCAGGUGAUCAUGAAACCUACGUUGACGAAGAUGAUGAUGAUCUCUACACUGAAACCAAAAGACCUUCCGUUGAUCCGUCCACGACAGACGAUGAAGAUAUGCCAAUCGGUAAGGACACCAGCAAGCAAUCGGGCACCAGCAUAACGCACGGUGGUCAAACACCCGACGGAGACCUCGAGAUCAGUCACACCCAGCACAUUACGCCCACGGACGUCGGUACCGGCGGUCACGGACACGGUCACGAUAGUACCAACCCGUACGGCGGCAGUGGCGUAUUGAUCAUGAACGCCAAGAAUGAGGACAGGACUGCCAGCUUCUUCGCACAGCCGGGCAUUCUCGCAGCUGUGAUCGGAGGUGCGGUAGUCGGUCUCCUCUGUGCCAUCCUAGUCGUCAUGUUCAUCGUCUACCGGAUGCGGAAAAAGGACGAAGGCAGCUACGCGCUGGAUGAACCGAAACGGUCGCCCACGGCCAACACCUACGCGAAGAACGCCAACAAUCGGGAGUUCUACGCCUGAGACUACUCGAUCGACUCCAGUGAUGGUGAUUUGUAAGCAGCAAAAAGCAGCGUUUACGUAGUAGCAAACAAAAAAGUAGCAGCGAGUAGAAAGUGAGAGCAAACACACAUCAGCCGGAAGGGAAAGGAAGGUUUGUUGUAACUGAUCUGUGACUCCAUUUCUCGUUUUCCGCAGAAAAGAAUUGAUAAGUACAUACGUAGGAGGUAACGGAAGCCAAUGCAUUGACGGGACUCGCUCGUGAACAACCGCGCGUUCGCUCGCUCGCGUGCUUCGAUUUUUUUGUGCUCGCGUGCUCAGUCACUCAACUGUAGAGUCGUGUAGAAAGUUCUCCUGGGUUCCGAACAACGCGAUGGAAUCGUUUCUAGGGUAUACAAGCAAAUUUAAAUUGCUGAUAAACACUACAAAAAAUACAAAAUUUUACUAACAAAACAACCAGAUGAUGAAGGAUCGAACAGUUAUGAUAGCCGCCAGGAGAUUGAUUUUGGUUCCGUUUUGUGCGAGAACGCAGAAUGCGACGUGCGGAGCACGUUCCAAGUUUUUUUUUCUUCGGAAUACGCGCCAAUUGAGUGUUGUGCGUAGGACGGGAAAGAGAACCGCUUUAUAAACAAUCCUGGCGCUUCGUUUAAUUUUUUAUUUUACCGUUUACUUUUACAAGCAUUUUUUUUUACAUUUGAUAAUAGUAGAAAGAAUCUUUGGGUAACGAAAGCAUAACCGGAAACUGUGUAGCAAGCGACCGUGCGGCGGAAUGGCGAUGGCAGCGCGUGCGGUCGUACGAAAACAGAGCAGCAUUUAUUGAUGGCAGGCGUUAGAUUACACUCACUCGUACACAGGCAAAGUUUAGCGUGUAAGGAAAAGGCUAAAAGUUUAUAGAGUAUAGAUGUUACAUAUUUAUAAAGGCAUGCUAUUGAAAUGGAGAAAGAGCAAAUAAAGUUUUUAUUUUUUUUUAUUACAUUAGGCAGUCUUCGUUUUUAGUUCAUGUCAAGGAAACUAUUCUUUUCGAGUGGAAACUAUGCAUAAUUAUAUACUACAAACUAAUGAGCAAAAGAUGAUUAAUACUUUAUUGUUAAAGUAUGGUAAUGCAAAACGUAAAACAAGCAAAAACUUUGUAUAGGACAAAACAUAUAACUAUUAUUUAUACAAUUACUUAUAAACUUUUUUAAAAAAUCAAAAAAAAAAACAAUAAUCAGUAACGAAAAGGUUUAGUUAAAAUUAAAUCUAUAGCAAUAAACAAACAUUUGACGGAUGUUGUGUUGCAAAAGUUACGCGAAGGUGACACACAAACACUGUACGGUUGCGGUCCAGAGGUUCAAACCCAAAUUUUAAACAAUGACAGAGUGAAUUGAUUUUCUCUCGGCUCGGGUAAAGUGCAAAACUACAAAACAGAGACAGGCAUUUUUAACCGUUAUUUUUCGAAACGUUUGACUCACUUCUCUCGGCAGAGUGGACUGUUUAGUUUUAUUUUCAUACUCAAACGAAAGAAGAACGUCAAUGUGUGUUGAUUUGUCACGCUGGUGAAUUGAGACAGAUCGUGCUGUCGAACCUAGGCAAGAGAGGCAGUUUGCCGACGUCUGCAGAUUAUUAAGUGCAACGCUAGUAGUUAGGAGAUUUCUGCCGGUCUUUUUAAACGCCCGGAUGGGGCUAGAAAAUUUCUAUUGUUGGAUGAAUUUGGCAAACGGAACUAUCAGGUGAACAAAUUCGAGAAAAUCUUUCGCUGUGUGCUGUCGUCCAUUUCGAUGGACCUCCGAGUGAUUAGUGGGAAUUCGAUUGGGAAAAUAAAAACUCGAGAGAAAUAACAAUUGAAGGAAAUAUCAUAUACAGCUAGCUUUUAACAUUAUAAACUGGGCUACUACAAAAAUACACGCAUAUGUAAAAACACUGAAAAAGAUUUGCUAUUAUAAUUAUGAUUGUAAUUAGCAUAGUUAUAACUAAGCUGGUGUGACGUCAAGUGUAUUGAGUGUAGUUGUGUGCAUUACACGUGUGCUGACGUUACAGCAGCCUCACUAAGUAUUACGACCAUCCUACCAUCGACCAGAGAACUAUAUUUUUACACGUUGAUUUUCCUGAACCGUUAAAUUCCUAGAACAAGCCCAAAAAGAAAAUGAAUGUCCGAUGAACCAAUCCUCACCCAGCUGGUUUCCGUUGAUUUGCGACCGCGUUAUUCAGAUAAUCGAUAAUGUAUCUUCUAUUGUAACAUAAAUGCAACACGGAAGAGAGAAAAAUAAGCCAAUCACCACCAGACUAAACCGUUUUGGAUGUAGGAACAAGAAAAUACAACAAACGUAUAAACAAUCGGAUUAAUCUCUCCUUUUAUAUUCAGUCGCGUUUAAACACAACACCGAUAAUUUCCACCCUUACACUGAAAACAGUG